UGUGGUUCGAAUCUCGGGAGGUGAUAUCAGUGAAAUCAAUUGAUGAAAGUUCUUAAUAUGUGUACUGACAAGAAUGAACGCGGUUCGGAAGUCAACGAUUGUUUGAAAAUUCCCAACAAUAAUGAGGCCCAAUACAAGAUUCUACAACAGUAUAAUAAAGAUGAAAAGAAAAAGGAAAACAGAAGAAGAAUUUUGGCACAAAGUUUCGUGACAAGUGCAGUCAUGCUCAGUUCGGCCAGCUGCGGCAUGCCAGUUGGAUAUUCCGCCAUUCUCCUGCCGCAACUGAAAUUUAUUAAUGGUUCUAUGCAAAUUGAUGAUGAAAUAGGAUCCUGGAUCGCGAGCAUCCACUCUGCUGCUACUCCUUUGGGCUCUCUACUCAGUGGGGUGCUAAUGGAACGUUGCGGUAGAAAACUGGCUCUUCAGAUAGCCUCAAUGCCCCUCAUUCUCGGCUGGAUUCUGAUAGCUUUUACCCCGAAUCACGGCCUUUUGCUACUCGGGAGACUUAUAGCAGGAUUUUCAGCAGGAUUGUCAGCUGCUGCUGGUCAAGUUUUGAUAGGAGAAACUACCGAACCUCAUCUUAGAGGAAUGUUUUCCAGUGUUCCUCUGGCAAGUUAUUCUUUUGGAAUCCUUUUGGUUUACGCACUGGGUUCACUGCUUCCCUGGCGAUACGUAGCAGGUCUAAGCACGAUACUUCCAAUUACAGCAUGUAUAGUGUUCUUCUGUCUGCCCGAGAGUCCAGUUUGGCUCAUCAGGCAUGGGCAAAUAGAAGAAGCUAAAAUAGCUCUCACUUGGUUAAGAGGAGGCAGCAAAAUCAAGGCAAAAGAAGAAACAGAGCAUCUCAUAGAUCGCCUGGAAGCGGAAUGCCAGAACCACAAGAAAACGACAUUCGCAACCCUCUUUCAGCCAGAAGUCUUGAAGCCGCUGAUCAUCAUCAACGUCUUCAACGUGAUGCAGAUCCUUUCUGGAACAUACCUCGUAGUUUUCUACGCCGUAGACAUCCUGAACCACGUUCAAGGAGGUGCUAGCUUGGACAACUUCCUCGCGGCAGUCCUGACAGCCGGAGUCCGCUUCAUAUUCUCGUUGAUGUCGAGUUUUCUUCUGGCCCUCGUAGGCAGGAGAUUCCUUGCGAUGACAUCUGGCCUAGGAACUGCGAUAUCAGCACUUUUCCUAGGCACUUUUCUCCACCAAAACUGCCAGGGGUUGGACUACAUUCCCGCCCUGUUCAUACUCAUAUACGUGGCGGCGAACACUUUGGGUUUUUUGACACUGCCCGGAGUUUUACUCGGAGAGCUGUUCCCCGCCAAAGUUCGGGGACUGGCGGGCGGAAUAACGUUCAUGCUAUUCAAUUUCAUGCUGUUCGCGGUCGCGAAGGUUUUUCCCUUCGUGAAAAACUCGGUAGGGAUUUCGGGAGUUUUCUGGAUUUUCGGGCUGACGUCUCUCGUGGCCAGUUUGUUUCUGUUUUUAACGCUGCCCGAAACGAAAUCGAGAAGUUUGAGCGAGAUUGAAGACUAUUUCCAACAGAAGGGUUUUUUGUGGGUGAGGAAGGACAAGUGGGAGGAGAAAAAAGGGCGGAAUAGGGAGACUGAAAAAUUUACUUCGUAAUGUAGAGUUAAGACUGUUGUAUUUAUUUAGAUCGUAGGUAUUUAUGGUG